AUGCAAACGUCUCAGAAACACCCAAGUUCGGCUGGUGUACACUUCUAUCACCACCAGCCGGUGCAAGGCAUUUACCAAGUGUUGCAAAACAAUCUAUGCCAUGACACUCAUGAUAGCAGCAGCCAGGGAACUAGCGUUUCUUUUGAAACCUGCAAGGAGCAAUACUUUACUCUUGAAUCAUGCCCGGCACCCACUACUGGUUUCAUGGAUUGUGAUGAUUCUCCUUCCUAUGCUAGUGUGUCAUCUAAAAGGACUCCAUUUUCUCCACAAGGGUCUCAGUCAUGCUAUUCAGAUCACCGCCAGUCAUCUGACAACACCUAUGGAUCGCCAAUAAGCGGUUUGUCUAGCGUUGAUGAUGGGCAUGAACUGAAGCACAAACUUAGAGAACUGGAGAUUUCAUUGUUGGGGCCUGACGAAUCUGACAUUGUCGACAGUUAUGGUUGCCUCGUCAAGGGUAGAAGCCUCUACGGAGCAUCUCAGUUGGCUAAACAUAACUGGGAUCAGAUUGCUGAAAAUAUUUCACAAUUUGACCUGAAAGGAGUCCUUGAGGUAUGUGCACAGGCCGUGUCUGAUGAUGACAUUCCAACAGCAAGAGGGUGGAUGGAUAAUGUAUUGGGGAAAAUGGUAUCAGUCUCUGGAGAUCCAAUUCAGAGGCUGGGUGCUUACAUGUUGGAGGGGCUUAGAGCAAGGUUCGAAUCAUCAGGGAAUCUCAUCUACAAAUCCUUGAAGUGUGAACAACCAACAAGCAAAGAACUAAUGAGUUACAUGCACAUCCUUUACCAGAUUUGCCCAUACUGGAAGUUUGCAUACACAUCUGCAAAUGCUGUCAUUAUAGAAGCUAUGGCUAAUGAGUCCAGGAUUCACAUAAUGGAUUUCCAAAUAGCGCAGGGCACACAGUGGUAUUUACUUAUCCAGGCCCUUGCACAUAGGCCAGGGGGACCCCCUUCCCUUCGUGUAACCGGUGUUGAUGAUUCGCAGUCGUUUCAUGCUCGAGGUGGAGGACUUGAUAUUGUAGGAGAAAGAUUGUCAGAUUUUGCCAGGUCUUGUGGAGUUCCAUUUGAAUUCCACAGUGCCGCAAUGUCUGGCUGUGAGGUUGUGCGAGGAAAUGUUGAAAUUCGACCGGGGGAAGCUCUGGCUGUAAAUUUUCCUUUUGUUUUGCACCACAUGGCAGAUGAGAGUGUGAGCACUGAGAAUCACAGAGAUAGAUUGUUGAGGUUGGUCAAGAGCUUGUCUCCCAAGGUUGUUACCCUUGUCGAGCAAGAAUCCAACACCAACACAUCUCCUUUCUUUUACAGGUUUCUUGAGACUCUGGACUACUAUACUGCCAUGUUUGAAUCCAUAGAUGUGGCUUGCCCCAGAGAUGAUAAGAAGCGGAUUAGCGCAGAGCAGCACUGUGUGGCACGAGACAUUGUCAACAUGAUAGCUUGUGAGGGGGUUGAGAGGGUGGAAAGGCAUGAACUUUUGGGAAAGUGGAGGUCAAGACUUUCCAUGGCUGGAUUUAAACAGUGCCAAUUGAGUUCUUCCGUGAUGGUUGCUACCCAAAAUCUCCUAAAGGACUUCAGUCAAAAUUAUAGACUUGAACAUAGAGAUGGUGCCCUUUAUCUUGGUUGGAUGAACAGACAUAUGGCCACUUCUUCUGCUUGGAGUUGA